AUGUGGCACCAGUUACAUUGUGUAAAUAUCCUCCGAGAAGCAGUUCACCGGGAUACGUACAAUGGGCCGCCUGAUUCUGGCACAGAAUAUCAUCUCGAUCAUUGUUUGAACUACCUUCGACAAGUCAUCAUGUGCUAUACCGACCUGAUACCUAUGAGAUAUGACUGGGACCAAGGGGCGGGAAGGUUGAUGUUGCAAGAUGAACCCCACACUUGCCGCAAUUACAAGAAGAUUGAUGAAUGGGCGAGACCCAGAGCUAGCUGCCAUGUACCUGCUCCUCAUCAGCCAAAAACGGUCAAGGCGCCUCCGAGGGGAAGUUGUAUCAGGGGUCCGUAUUUUGCGGAUGAAUAACGUG